AUGGCAACAACAGACAGUGCACAAAGUAUUGGUGACGUCAGGAGAAUAGCAGCAGGGGGUUCUGCCAACAGUGUUCUCACCUGGCAAGGAGAAAAACUUGAGGAGUUCGGGAAAGAGUCCAGUGGGCAGGGCAAAGGUAAGCAGUUCAGUAAGCUGAGUGAUCUGAAGAGACACAUACGGACGCACACAGGGGAGAAACCUUACAGGUGUGAGGAGUGUAGCAGGCAGUUCAGUCUGCUGGGUCAUCUGAAGGCUCACAUGCGGACUCACACAGGUGAGAAACCCUUCAUGUGUGAGGAGUGCAGCAGGCAGUUCAGUCAGCUGUGUCAUCUGCAGUCUCACAUGCGGACUCACACAGGUGAGAAACCGUACAAGUGUGAGAAGUGCAGCAGGCAGUUCAGUGAGUUUUGCAAUCUGAAGUCACACAUGCGGACUCACACAGGUGAGAAAUCCUACAAAUGUGAGGAGUGCAGCAAGCAGUUCAGUCAACUGGUUCAUCUGAAGAAACACAUUCGAACUCACACAGGAGAAAAACCCUACAGGUGUGAUGAGUGUAGCAGGCAGUUCAGUCAGCUGAGUGAUCUAAAGAGACACAUGCGGACUCACACGGGGGAUAAACCUUACGGAUGUGAGGAGUGUAGCAAGCAGUUCCGUAGGCGGAGUCAUCUGAAGAGACACAUGCGCACUCACACGGGGGAGAAACCCUACAGGUGUGAGGAGUGCAGCAGGCAGUUUGGUACGCUAAGUGGUCUGAAGGCUCACAUGAAAACCCACAGGAGAGAAACCAAACAAAAGUCCAGAUAUUUUGAGAUGGAGACAACAGAGAUCAUACAAGGUGUGGAUGACGUCAGGAGAGGAGCAGCAGGGGGUUCUGCCAACAGUGUUCUCACCUGGCAAGGAGAGAGACGUGAGGAGUUCGGGGAAGAGUCCAACGGGCGAGGCAAAGGUGUGAGGGAGUACAGGUGUGAGGAGUGCAACAGGCAAUUCAGUCAGCUGUGUCAUCUGAAAGAACAUACGCGGACUCACACUGGGGAGAAACCUUACAAGUGUGAGAAGUGCAGCAGGCAAUUCAGUGUGCUUGGCAAUCUGAAAACUCACAUGCGAACUCACACAGGUGAGAAACCCUAUAGGUGUGAGGGGUGUAGCAGGCAGUUCAGUGAGCAGGGUAAUCUAAAGGUGCACAUGCGGACUCACACAGGUGAAAAACCCUACAAAUGUGACGAGUGCGGCAUGCAGUUCAGUACGCUGGCUAAUCUGAAGAGACACAUGCGGACUCACACAGGUGAGAAACCCUACAGGUGUGAGGAAUGUAGCAGGCAGUUCAGUCGGCUGGAUGAUCUGAAGACUCACAUGCAGACUCACUCAGGUGAGAAACCUUACAGGUGUGAGGAAUGCAGCAGGCAGUUUAGUGUGAUGGGUAGUCUGAAGGAGCACAAGCGGACUCAUACAGGUGAGAAACCUUACAAGUGCGAGGAAUGCAGCAGGCAGUUCAGUCGGCUGAGCAAUCUGAAAAGGCACAUGAAAACCCACAGGAUAGAAACCCACCAGGAGUGAGGACGUUGGACGGUUAUUUAGCAGCUUUGUUUGAAGAGCAUGUGAGGCACAUUUGAUGCACAAUAUAUAUGAGAUCUGGAUUGGCAUGUUGUUUGGCACAAGUUAUUUUAUAACCUUCUUGUAUGAUAGUGCCCAAGUGUCAUUCUUGUUAGUUAAGCGGAGCUCCCCUACCCUCACCUAUGUUGGCGAGGGAGGGUAUCGGAACCCUGUUAACUAGCUAGGAUGACACUCGGACAGCAUCUGACGCACAUUGUGGGAACUGUGUUGGUGUAAGGGUGAUAGAAUUAGUGCAAGCAGGUGUAGACAGUUAACCAAAAGACCAUCAAGUUUGUAGAUUUUAUUCAUUUCAUUCUUUUUGCUUUUGUUGUGGUACAGCGCCCCUCUCUUCAGCUGUGUGAGUUGCCGUCACUGUUCCCCUAUUUUUUUGCAGAAUGAUAGCUUAGUACUAGUAUGAUGCUUCAUAAAAUGAACGUAGCCUUGUAUCUUUAUUCUUCAACCGAAAGACGAGAGAUCCAACGAGAAUGUUGAACACAUACAAGGAUUUCUGUUUGUUGAUCCCUUACUGUAGUUUUAUGUAUUAGUUUGGUUGGUUUGCAAAAUAUUUUUGUUAGAAAUAAUAACCUAACGUAAUAUGUUUCUGAAGAGUUCACUAACAGACAGCAAGUUUUCUUGGUUUGUCUGCCAUUAGUUUUGAUAUGUUGUACAGCACCUGUUCUCUUGUUUAACAUUUCUAUUGUAUUUUUUUGGGUUAACCCUGCUUUGUUGUUUUGAUAAUGUUGCUUAGACUUUUACUAAUCUAAAAUCGCGGCUGAAAGAUGAGCGGUCAAGCAAGACUGUAGUUUCAAGAAUAAGUUUCUAGAAUGUUGAUUCCGUACCUUUUAUAGAUUGUUUUGUUGAGUUGACAAUGUCAUUGUUUGAGAAAUGAUAGCGACAAAUUUUUAUUUACUGAGGAGUUUACUAACAAACAGUAGUCGAUAGCAUCUUUUUACUAUAUUAAGGUGCCAUUAGUUUUGUUACAUUGUACAGAACUUGUUUUAUUUUGAAUU